AGUGUCUCCGGAUAAGAAGGGGAACGAAAGAUGGCGGCGGAAACGCUGCUGUCCAGUCUGUUGUGUCUGCUGUUCCUGGGGUUCCUGUUACCUGCACGUCUGGCUGGCGGUGUCGGGAGCCUGAACCUGGAGGAACUAAGCGAAAUGCGUUAUGGGAUCGAGAUCCUGCCGUUGCCUGUCAUAGGAGGGCAGACCAAGGACUGGUGGACAUAUCAAUUCUGUUAUGGACGCCACAUCCAGCAGUAUCACAUGGAAGAUUCAGAGAUCAAAGGUGACAUCCUGUAUCUCGGCUACUACCAAUCAGCCUUCGACUGGGAUGAUGAAACAGCCAAGGCCUCCAAGCAGCAUCGCCUGAAGCGCUACCACAGCCAGACCUACGGCAACGGCUCCAAGUGUGACCUCAACGGGAGACCCCGGGAAGCCGAGGUCCGGUUCCUCUGUGACGAGGGCGCGGGGAUCUCCGGAGACUACAUAGACCGAGUGGAUGAGCCCCUGUCCUGCUCCUACGUGCUGACCGUGCGGACCCCUCGGCUGUGCGCGCACCCGCUCCUCCGGCCCUCGCCCAGCGCUGCGCCGCAGGCCAUCCUCUGUCACCCCUCGCUGCAGCCAGAGGAGUACAAGGCCUACCUGCGGCAGCAGGAGCGGGAGGACUCAAAACAACAGGAAGAGAAAAUCACGGAGCAGCUACAAGACCUGGACUCCCCAGUGAGGAGCGAGACCAAGUCUGGGGCGCCGCCCCCCAAGAGAGAAGGUGUGAGCCCCGCCAAGGAUGACAGUCAGGAAUCAGACUUCUGGCAGAUGCUUCGUGAGCCAGAGGACCAGGCCCCGGGCGGGGAGGAGGCGCAGGCAGAGGAGCAGUACCUAAACCUCCAGGCUGCAGCAGAUCCAGCUCCAGGCCCUCCAGACGAUUUUCAGAACAACGUGCAGGUCAAAGUCAUUCGGAGUCCUUCAGACUUGAUUCGAUUGAUAGAGGAGCUGAAAGGCGGAACCAAGAAGGGGAAGCCCAGCGCGGGCGCGGAGCAGCCCGGAGAUGUAGCUGCGGAGGAGGGCCCUGCCCGGGAGCCGGAGGGGAAGGCAAAGGGUGACCCCGAGCGGCCGAGCGCGGGGGACGAAGCCGAGCGGGAGGAAGACGAAGAGGAAGAGGCGGAUGAGCAGCAGCUGCUGGGCGAGUUCGAGAAGGAGCUGGAAGGGAUCCUGCUCCCAUCGGACCGCGAGCGGCUCCAGCGGCUGCGUUCCCAGCUGAAGGCUGGCGCGGAGCGGGAGCGGGAGCUGGAGAGCGCCACGCAGGAGAACCCUGACUCCACCCCGACUGGGGCGUUCCAGACGGAGAAGGAGCUGAACACGGACAUGCUGAAGAAGGAGUCCGAGCGAGAGCGGGCGAUACUGGCCCUGACGUCCACUGUCAACAAACUCAUCAAAAGGCUGGAGGAAAAUCAGAGUCGUGAGCUGGCGAAGAAGUACAGGAAAAGGAAGGCUGUCCCCAGAAAGCCUCUCCCAGCGCCUCACUCUGCAGGGAAGAUUGAGAUCAAAAUUGUCCGCCCUGGGGCCGAGGGGCCGGAGGAGGACGGGCGAUGGCUGACAGAUGAGGACACGAAAAGCCUCAAGGAGAUUUUCUUCAAUAUCUUGGUGCAGGGAGCUGAGGAGGCCCACAAAGAGCGCCAGCGGCAGAAAGACCUGGAGAGCAACUACCGCCGGGUGUGGGGCUCGAGAGACGGAGAGGGCCUGGGCGACCUGGACGAGUUUGACUUUUGAGAUCCCACAGCGACAUGUUCCUGAGCGGCCCUGCUCCUCCUCGCCUCACCUCCUGGCCCCUGAAGGCAAAACACCAGAGAACAGCAGAGCUCGACCCCUGCGGCCCGGCUCUGGGGAAUGGAGGGCCUGGGGUCAGUGCUGCUGCAGCUGAGAGCCACCCGCAGACCCCCAGGCCGCGGCUUCUGCUCACCCUGGCUGUCCCCGCGUGCCCUUCCCUGUCAGUGUCCCCUCCCAAGCUGCCUCUUUCUUCGUCCUACCCAGAGACUCAGAAAGCCCCUGUGUGUGGGCAGGGCAGGGAGAGCACAGCCUGCCCGCCCUGCCCUGUGGGUGUUUGGAGGUGCUUUAGCCUCGCCCCUGGAAUCACCUUGGGGUUUCCUUCUCCCUUUCCGCCCCACGGCCCGACAGUCUGCGCUCCGCGCUGAGGAGCCUCCACUUCUGUUGCUGAGGAAAUGGAGACGGACGCACAUCACUCCGGCCCAGCCCCAGCUAAGAGGGUGGGGCGCAGAAGCACCCGUAUGUUCUUCAACAAUCAGGUUUCUAAAUAAAGAACUGGACCACCGA